CAAUCAUCGAAAAUGUCCGAAAUACCCUCAACACAGAGAGCCAUCGUCACUCCUGAGAUGGGGAACGAUCUCAAUAUGACCAUUCAGACCAUUCCUGUACAAGAACCGACUCCAGGUGAGGUCGUCAUUCGCAUUUUGUAUACGGGAAUCUGUCGGAGUGAUGCAUCUUUCUCUGUAGGCCCCAAUCCAGGCUAUCCGAGAUACAAUCACAUCGCCGGACACGAAGGCAUUGGCCACGUCGUCAAGGCGCACGAUCCAUCCCUCCUCGGUCGUCUUUACGGCAUUCGCUAUCUGGGCUCGAGCUGUGGGUUUUGCACAUACUGUCUGCGUGACCUGCCUACAUCCUGUCCCUUCCAGCUCAACACACCAAAGCAAAUCCCCGGUACGUUCCGGGAGUAUGCAACGGUUCCUAUCUCCUGUCUCGUUCCUUUGCCGUACGGGAUUCUGUGUGGCAGUGUUGAGCCUGCUCUGUACGCCACUGCAUUGUGUUCUGGAUCGACUGCGCUGAAGUCUCUGAGGGCUGCCAGAUUAAGCCCCGGGGAUGUAGUGAUCGUCGUUGGUGGUGCUGGUGCCAUUGGGCAUCUGACAGGGAUGAUAGCGAAGCAGGUUCUGCGAUCCAGCGUAAUCGGUGUUGACCUCGAGGAAAAAGUGAGCGGGCUCAUAACCCAGGAUCAUCAAGAGUACUGUGACAUUUUUCUCGGGGCGCCCGAGACCCAUGAAGGCGCGGCUUGGAACAGGUUUCACUCAAUGCUGCUUAGGGCCUGCUCCCAACUACGCGGUGACCACGGGGCUGUUCGUGCAGCGGAGGCAGUUGUGGUGACAAGCAGCUCGUUUUCCUCCUUCCAGAGAUUGGAUGAGUACGUCUGCGAUGGUGGAUCCAUUGUCUGUGCUGGAGUACCCAAAGGACUCAAUAUGAUUUCACUUCCGCUUUCAUCUGUCGUCGAACGAGGUUUGCACCUGACAGGGAAUCUCAUGGGCAGCCAUCGCGAGGCGCUGGAGGUGGUGGAAUACAUACGAACUGGCCAAAUCAAGCCACGCAUCACCAGGAUAGCACUGGAAGAUGUCCCCGAGCAGAUGCAGCGAAUGGUGGAUUGCCAAACUGUGGGAAAGCUUGUAGUAUGUAUGUAGAUAGUUUUAUCCACAGCAAAGAUCAUUCUCAAAAGACGGUCUAUGUUUCACAAAAGGAACUCGAGAUUAUGCGGCAGAUCGAUCAUUAGGUCGUCAAAAGGAUAAUCCGCCUCCAUGAUAGAAUGCCAUAGGUCUAACUGGGCUUCAUUCGUAUCUGCUGGUCCCUCCAAGACAUGUGUACCAACAACUGGGUCAGACAUUUGUGGACGAUUCUCAACAAGACACAAAACACCACGCCAGUAUUGUCGAGCGGGCGUCCACGAGUCCGAGAGUUCGUUCAGAGUAAUCAAGCAAGAUUCGAUAAGCUUCAUUCGAGCGUUGGAGCUGUUUCCAUGUUCGGAACCACAGGAGCCUGAUAGCAGUAGCACUGCCAACAGCGUGCAGUGCGUGGCUGUGAUGGGGCUUCUCCGAAAAC